AUGUCUACGCUUCCUCCUGAAAUUAUGGAUGCAAUAGUAUACCUAUUAUCGAACGAAAUGCACACCCUCAAGAAUCUCUCUUUGGUGUGUUCCGCUUGGUUGCCAUCGACUCGAUUUUACCUCUUUGGCACCAUUCGUGUCAAGUUACUUUCAAUCCACAGCCUCUCGGCACUAGCUUUUCACUCGCAAUCGACUUUCACAGGUUAUGUCAAAGCCAUUGAAAUAGAUGGAAUGUGGAAACUAUUGGAACAGGAAUCGGCGUGGGUGGAUAUACUUUCGAUUGACAAAUCUAUCACACGACUGGCCACAGCGCUACCUUCCCUGAAGACAUUUCGCCUCCAUAAUAUCGACUUCGAAGAUGUUUCAAAACACGUAUCUGAGAUGCUCGUGAGCAGCAUCACAUCCGCUUUCUCAAACGUUCGGGAAAUCGAGUUGGAAGGUAUCAUAUUUGUGUCCGUUUCGCAGGUGAUGCAUUUGAUAUCCGGCUUCCGGUUUCUCAAGAAGUUUACAGGAAGUAAUCUCGUUUGGGAGGACCCGUCACAUGAAGAUGAGAGCCGUGUACACUCCUAUUGCGUCCCUUCUACAUUGGUAGAGUUGAGCCUCGAUGCGUGUUAUAAGCGCGAUAUCAUGGCUUGUUUGUCGUCACAUAUCCCUUUCCCAGUAAUCCCACGACUAAAUUUUGGCAUUAUCUCUCCAGAGGACUGUGAAGCGUAUGGCCAAUAUAUAAGACGUCUAGGGCCUGGCCUUUUUUCUCUCUCUUUAGGUUUUCAUUCUCUGGAUGCUGGUGGAGAUGCAGAAGACUUCUACAAAGCAUGCGAUUUGUGUCACGCCACCGAGCUUUUCUCGAUACAUUUCAGUAGACUUGUGUGGUACUGGGACUACCGACUCACUAGCCCGACACCGUGGAUAGCCAAAAUUCUCUCCAAAAUAUCUUCACCACGGUUUGAGGAGAUUAGUUUCGAUAUUCAUAUUUCGAAUCUCAGCCAAAUCCACUCUGAACGCCUUCCAGAUGAUUAUGAUUGGAGUUCGUUGGAUGUUGCUCUUGAUGGACUACCGGAGCGUCUCCCCUCCUUCCGGUUAGUGACGUUCUUCAUUUACGUUGUAUCUGGGAGCCCCUCGUUACUAUCUGCGAAGGAUACCCUUAAAUCUGUCCUUCCUUUAUCAUCGCAUCGAAGAAUUCUUCGCUUCAAGACUUUUCUCGAUAGGACGAAUGAAGGGCCUCUCGUUCCUUCCUUGCAGUUGGACUAUUGA